GCAUCAGAAACACAUAUAUCAAGUGACUUAUAGGCUAGGAGAGACAUUGCUACUUCUUCAUAAGCUCUCUCUCAAUCACCAUGGAAGGAGGUAUUCUUCUAAUCUCUUUUCUAUUUCAUGUGAUUAUCAUGUUGUUCUAUCGAUCUUAGGGUUUCAUGUAAAUUCAAGGUUUACAGUCAUGAGAUCAACCUCUACCUAUACCAUUAGUGAUUCCACCAGAUGAGUAACUUAGAAUGAUUUACUUUUUGGUAUUAUAUCAGAGUUUUUGAUUCACAGGUCUCGUGUACGAGUCAUUGUGACCUCUAAUAUGAGCAAUUGAGUUAAAUAGAAUUGUGUAUGUUAGCUAGUUGUACAAAAAUUUCAAAUCGUGAGUUUGCCUGCAGUAUAGAAUAACAUCCCUACCUUGAGCUUUCUCACCGACUGAUGUAAGUUAGCUGGAAGUACAUUUAUAUAUAAAUUAAUUUUGUUGCAGAUUAUUUAGCUUUUUUGGGAGAGAAUGUAUUCGCUGCACUUUCCGAUCGACCCCUUGGUUAUUAGUUGCGCUUUGAUUUGAUCAAGGAUGAAACUCCUGUUGGAAUAAAAUGCUAUUGUGAGUGUUGAGUGCUGCUUAAACUUGUUAAAGAGUGGUAAUAAGAUACAUGUUAAUGUUCUCCCAAACAACUUGAGUUAUUGGGAUCAAUUGGUUCACGACAUAGUAUCAGAGCUAGUUUGGCCAAGUGGUCGUGUGUUCGAAUUUCCACCACCCUCAAUAUUUAUAGUUGAUAGUUUGAGAGGGCGUGUUAGCUAGAGGGUGUUAUAGGGUCCAUAAUAACCUUCUCCCAACAAUUCGAGUUAUUGGAAUAAACUGGUUCAUGAAAAAGCUAAGUUGUGAUUAUGAGCGAGUCUGGUAGAUUUGCUCGGGUGUGAGACCCAAAGUUGGAUGGUGAUUAUGAUUAUUGGAGUUUGUUAAUGGAGGAUUUCCUUCGCUACAACGAAUUUGUGUGCAAUGGGAUCAAGGAAUAACAAUAUGUGUCGAGCUUUCUCCAUCUUAGGCUAAAGCUAUGGAUGAUUAUCAAGAGUUGAUGGAGAUCUCAAAGCUUAGAACUAUUUGUUUCAUUCCAUCGACGAAAAAAUCCUGAAGACCGCCAAUUAUAAUGCUAGUGCAAGAGAGCUUCGAGAAUCCAUGAAGACAAUAUUGAGUAAAGUGAAUUAUGGUUUUUGCAGACUUGUGUGGCACCCCAAUCCGGAGUCCACUUUUUCUGUUUCUUCUUUAUACAGGACAAUGGCGGGCGCUCGUUACCCUAGAUUGCAGAACUACCCUGCAGCCUUUGUUUGGAAACUAGUGAUUCCGACAAAAGUUUGCUUUUUCUUUUUGACUUUAUCUCACAAGAAGCUUCUCACAUUGGACAACCUCAAGAAGAAAGGAAUGGCUCUCGCCAAUAGAUGCGAGCUGUGCAGAAACGAUGAGGAAUCUGUGAACCAACUUUUGGUGGAUUGCCCUUUUGUUCGUGAUGUCUGGGUUGCUGUUCGAAGAGCUUGUGAUUCUGUGAUCCCGCCGAUUGGAGAUAUUUUCAUUGCCAUUCAAAGUUGGCCAGCCAAUGAUCCCGCUAAUAUCGACUCCUGGAUCACGUCUUGCGUUCUUCACUAUGUUUGCUGGCAAGUUUGACUUGAACGCAAUCAACGCGUCUUCAAUAACAUCAAUGUGCUAUCAGUGGUGGUGGCUCGUAAGACCUGCAAAUCGGCUCUGGAUUGGGUUGUUGCGCACAAUAAGGUCGACAAAAGCUG